AUGGUCACCAAUAUUAUAGCCAUCAUGUUCAUGAUGGUCACCAUGAACAUGGUCAUGAACGUUAUUAUGGUCGGCAUAAUCAUGGUCGUGAUGAGUCGUGGUGGUCAUGAUAGUCACCAUGAUUGUGGUAAUGAUCGUCACCAUGAUUGUAGUCAUGACCGUGGUCAUGAUAAUUACCCUGAUCAUUGUCAUAAUGGUCACGAUGAUAAGGGUCAUGAUGAUUACGAUGAUCAUGGUCCUGAUGGUCAUCAUGAUCAUGUUCAUGAUGAUCAUGAUGAUCACCAUUAUCAGUGUCAUGAUAAUCCCUAUGAUCAUGGUCAUAAUGGUCAUGCUGGUCAACAUCAUCAUAGUCGUGGUGGUCAUAAUGGUCACCAUGAUUGUGAUUACGAUGGUCACCAAGAUUGUGGUCAUGAUGGUCACCAUGAUUGUGAUCAUGACCGUGGUCAUGAUAAUCACCCUGAUCAUGGUCAUGAUGGUCACGAUGAUAAGGGCCAUGAUGAUCACCAUGAUCAUGGUCAUGAUGGUCCUUAA